ACUGAAUGGCUGUAACUUGUCAAAGAGAAGCUGUGAAGCUCUGGCAUCAGUUCUCAGUGCCAAAAACUCCACUCUGAGAGAGCUGGACCUGAGUAACAACGAUCUGCAGGACUCAGGAGUGAAGCUGCUUUCUGCUGGACUUGCGAGUCCACACUGUAGACUGGAAACCUUGAGACUGUCAGGCUGCCUGGUAUCAGAGGAAGGCUGUGCUGCCCAGGCCUCAGCUCUGAGCUGUAACCCCUCCCAUCUGAGAGAGCUGGACCUGAGCUACAACCAUCCAGGAGACACAGGCAUGAAGCUGCUCUCCGCUGCCCUAGAGGAUCCACGCUUGCAACUGACUGUUCUUAGUGUGGAACAUGGUGGAGUGAAGAGGUUAAAGUCAGGACUGAGGAAGUACGCCGAUGUACUCCGGCUGGACCCGGACACAGCGAACAGGAAGCUGAUGUUGUCUGAGGACAACAGAAAGGUGACGGAGGUGAAAGAGGAGCAGCCUUACCCCGAUCAUCCAGAGCGAUUUCACCACUGGAAGCAGGUUCUGUGUAGAGACGGUCUGACUGGGCGCUCUUACUGGGAAGCAGACUGGAAAGGAUGGGUUAAUAUUGGAGUGGCAUACAAAGGAAUCAAAAGGAAAGGGCAGGAUGAUGACUGCUGGAUUGGACAGAAUGACAAGUCCUGGAGUCUGUUACGCUGUGAUAAUAAUUACUCCGCAUGUCACAAAAAUAGGAGAGCAGUCAUACCCAUCCACCCCUCCUUUGACACCGGCAGAGUAGCAGUGUAUGUGGACUGGCCUGCUGGCGUUCUGUCCUUCUACAGAGUCUCCGCCGACGCACUGAUCCACCUCUACACCUUCAACACCACAUUCACUGAACCGCUCUACCCUGCAUUUGGGAUGGAGUUCAAGAUCGGAUCGUCAGUUUAUCUGUGUCAGUUAUAACACGAGGCAGAGUCAUCUUUUGUCUGAGGACACACACACUUUAACAGAGACAAUUGCCUCCUUCUGGCCUAAAGGAGGGCCCACCCUGAUUUGCAUGUAGCCCAGGAAAACCAAAACAGAUUUUAAUCAGGUCAACAGGGAUGCAUAUAGUAUGUGGCUAAGUGUCAUCUGUAUUUUAUGUGGAUAGGCAAAAUAUUGAAAUCAAAUGUGCACUGUAUAUACAAUCUGGUCUCACACCAGAGGCCUGUUGUAUGAAAGUAGAAUAAAGAUAUCCAGGAUAACUGAAAAGCGCAGCUAGACUUAGUGUGAUCCGCUCCUCGCGGCUUAAUCUAUUAAAACUUAUUAACAUAUUAAAAAAAAAUGUCAAGCCAGGUGGAGAUAGCUGGGAUAAGUGCACGGUCACGGCUUUCUUAAAUGGACCACGGUAUCGAUCACAGAUUUACUGAUGCAUAAAUGGAGAAGACGCACGCAUCAUAUGUUUCACCCAAUGAGCAGCAGCUUCUAGUGGAAAAUAACGAGGAGGGGAA